GUAUUGACAUUAUUAACAUAUUUUUGUGCAGCCGACAUGGCAGAUCCUCUCUCCACGCGUCCAACUCUGGCUGUCACCUUCAUCGACUCUACUUCCCACGGCCCCCACUCUCUGUCUCUCCUCUCUCUACUUCCCAUUCACUCACCCAAUCAAUGCUAAUCACCUAAUCGACUCACCAUUGCUACUCAGCAGAUCACCUCAGAGAAAUUUCAAUGGCGGACGAUACUGCUCCCAAACAGCCCAACGGAGUCGUCAUCGAUCCCAACGAAGACGACUACGCCGGAGAUUCUGAACACACGCAGGACCUCACCCUUUUCACCCUUCUUAACCGCUUGAUCGCUGCCAUUUUCUUCCCGGGCCCUAAUUCCGCCCCUCUGCUGCAGAGGGUCAAAACCGCUCUCUCCGAGAAUAUUCCUCUGCUUCACGAUGCUUCUAAGAACACUGUUGGCCGCCUUCUCCAAUGGACCCGCCGCGGCAGCCCUCUCCGCGCCUUGUUCGUUGUCUCCGUAGGGACAAUUGUUUUCCUCACACUAGCGGGAUUGUUAGUCUUUAUGCUUUUCUUUGUUGCGGCAACCUUCAAUGCUGUUGUCAUUUCUCUUGUGAUGUCUUUAGCAGCAGCAGGAGGAUUCUUGGCCCUGUUCUUUGCCUGUAUUGCAGCCAUUUAUAUUGGGGCAUUAUCCGUAGCUAUAUUUGUCAUCUCGACAGCAACAAUUUCUUGUAUCAUUGCUGUUCUUAUUGCCACAGGUUGGAUUGGAUUCUUUUGGACACUGUGGAUUGCAGCGCAGAAAAGCAUAGGUCUGGCCAAACAUUCUGUUUUCAUCACAGGGUCAGCAUUUUCAGCCUACUCAUCCGCUUGGCAUGACAGACGCGAUCAGACCUCAAAAAAAUCGGACUGAGGCCGUGGAUCAUGAUGUGCGUGUAUAUCGGAACCGUGAGUGUUCUUCUAUCCACCUCCGCGUUGCACUGCUCUCUUAUAUAUAAGUAUCAAUAAGGAUGCCGAAUUGUCUUGUGUAUAUUGUGCUAGCAUCUAAUGAAACUUGGUAGAUUGCCGUACCCAGCUUCUUUACGUGCUUUCCUUUUCUAAAGUUUAGUAAUAUUCGUCUUUCGAGGUAUUUCAUUUUUCCUUUUAGAGGAUUUGCAGUUUGUACCAUAUUAUGAUCCAACUCACGCUCCUGUUAAGAGAGAGAGAUGAUAUGAUAUGAAAUGAAAUUUUGUGGAUAUGAAUUUGCGAGAUUUGAGGAGACAAA